CCGUGUCGGCGGGACGGGGGUGAUGGCGGAGGAUGAGGAGCUGUGGCCGGAGCUGGAGGAUGGAGAUGGGACCUCUGGACGGGGAGAAGAGGCGUGCGGGGCCCUGCAGCGAGCGGGGUGUGGGGAAGCGCUGAUGGCCGAGCUCUCAGAGAGAGUGCAGGAGGUGGUGCGGAGCAGCGGCUGGUGGGAGAGGCACGGCGUGGACAUCUGCAUCCUCAGCUGCAGUCUCCUAGCGCUGCCAGCAGGAUUUCUAUGCCUGCGUUCAGCCCACGCCAUCCCUUUCCUGGCAGGUGUCUUCAUCCUCGGCGUGGGAUAUCACACCCUGGCUGUGAAGGGCAGCCACCUGGCCAGCCACAACGCCCUGACCAAGUCCAGGUCCUGGGGCAAAGUGUGGGCUGUCUUCUUCAUUGAGUUCUGCUCAGCAUUCACUGCCGAGCAGGCCAGCUACAACCACGUGAAGCUCCACCAUGGCUACACCAAUGUCAUUGGCCUGGGGGACUCCAGCACCUGGAAGCUGCCUUUCCUGAACCGCUACGUCUAUUUGUUCAUCGCGCCGCUCGCUGUGCCCAUCAUAACCCCCCUGGUUGCACUAGACUUGCUGAGGAACGUGGAGAAGAGGGCCGCUCUCCGCACUGUCUGCCUCAUGUCGCUGGGGCUGUGCUGCCAUUACUGCCUGCUGCGCCACGUCUCGGGCUUCCAGUCGCCGUGGUCUGCCCUGCUCUGCAUGCUGCUCACCCGCGCUCUCCUGGCCCACCCCUACAUCCACGUCAACAUAUUCCAGCACAUCGGCCUCCCCAUGUUCGCAGCCGAUCGGAAGCCCAAGCGCAUUCAGCAGAUGAGUCUGGGUGUGCUCAACCUGCCCCGCAAUGCACUGCUUGAUUGGUGCUUCGGCCACUCGCUCAUCAGCUGCCAUGUGGAGCACCACCUCUUCCCCAGCCUGUCUGACAACAUGUGCCUCAAGAUCAAACCUGUGGUGUCUCAGUACCUGAAGGAGAAGCGGCUGCCCUACAAUGAGGACACCUAUGGCUCCAGGCUCCAGCUCUUCCUGCAGAAGUAUGAGGAGCUGAUGGUCCACGCACCGCCCAUCACAGAGCUGGUGGGCAUCCAGUGAGCUGGGGCCGACUGGCUGCAGGAAAUGUUCCUCCCGGUGUCCUGAUGCUGAGCAGCAGGCGCUGUGCAGGGACUGAGCGGGGGUUGUGCCCCCCUGGAGCUGCUUAUGGACAGGGUUCGCUUCUACCCGCACUGCUUUCAUGCCUGGGGAGGGUGAAGCAAAGCCCCACGGCUGUGUCCUCGAUGGCAGCAGCAGGUGGCGGGGCUGUGUCACCGUGUGCUGCCCAGGAGUUGUGGAAAGAUGCGGGGGGGUAGGGGUUGUCACUGCCACUGUGCUUUACCUGGCUGGGAUGGGGGAAUCUGUCUCUUCUGGGAACAUGGAUUUGGCAGAUUCAGCUCAAGGUGUUGAAGUGGAUCUUUAUUUCUGCUUUUCGUCAUUGGAACAAUUAAUGUGGGGAUUCCACGUGGGGGGCUGUGGGGCAGUUCUCCAGCCUGGGCGGUGCUGGGGAUGCUCAGCUUCUGCUUACAAAAGAGAUUCCUGGCCCUGUGUUCAGCACCCCUGCUUUCUGCCCCUUUUUGUGGGUGCUGUCACUAUAGGGAUUGGGGCAAUGAUGCUGAAGGUACGAAUGUCCUCUGAAGCUGUGGGAAGCUGCUCUUGUCCAUGCAACUGUGUGAAAGGAGCAAUGAAGUGCAGGGCCAGCUGCCUGCCGCAGCAGGAACCAAUUUCCAAGAUGAGAAAGCAUGUGGCUUUUAUAACCCUUAUUAGAACUAGCUUCUAGCGGUGAAAUCAGCCUUAAUUGCUUUUAAAAAGCCCUCUUAGUACUUGUCUAUGUGCCUUGGCAGCUGUACAACCCGUAAGCAUCUUCUGCGCCCGGUGCUGGGAAAUGAGAAGGAGAUGAAAUGGUGGCUCUGCGGGGCUGGAGCGGCUCUGUGCUGCCGCUUCCUUUCCAGGGAUGAUGUGCGUGCUCUGGGUUUAGUAGUACGAUCUUUACUGCACAGCAGGAUGCUUUAAUAACCCGUCUCUGAGCUCUCCUUCUCCUGGACAUCUUUGCAGCUCAUCGCUGUCGAAAAUAAAUAAAGAAAUGCCACUCGGA